AUAUCGGGCAUAUCUACAUUGCUUGCAUUUUAAAACGCACGUUUCUUUUUAUAUCUUUUUAUUGUGGUUUAAAAAAAUGAAAGGAUUAAAAAAGCGCAAGACUUUGGUUAAUCCUAAACCUUUAAUAAAUAUGAAAAGUAUCAAAUCGAUCAAAGACACAAAGAAACUAAAAAAAGCUAAGGAAAACAACCAGAGUAAAAUUUCCAUUAAAACUGCCAAGUUUUUGAAGAACAGAAUAGCCGGCGGAAAGAAUUCUUUCAAAGAUUCCAAUGAAGAUAAGAAAUAUGAUAAAAAAAAGAAAAAUAAAUCGCACAAGGAGGAACUUGAAAGUUUAAAAGACAUCGAUCCAGAGUUUUAUGAUUUUCUGAAGCAAAAUGAUAAAAAGUUGUUGGAUUUUAAUAUGUUCGACAGCGACGAUUCUGAUGAUGAAAAUCAGGGUAACGAUGAUAAAGCUAGAAAUAAAACCGCGGACGAAGAGAAGGAGAUUAAAAAUAAUUUGGGAGACUCUGACAGCAACGAUAAUGAAGACAGUGAAAUGUAUCAUAAACCCAAUGAGAAUCUAGAAGUAGCCAGCGAUGAAAGCGAUUUUGAAGAUGACGCUGAUAUUGUUCCUGAUGGGCAACAAAAAGUAACAUUAAAUUUGCUACGUCAAUGGCAAGUGCAAUUGGAAAAGCAGAAUGUUUCCUUAGAUAUAGUGCGCAAGGUCAUUCAAGCUUUUAGUUCUGCUCUAGCUAGCAUUACAUCGGAUGAAGGAAAUACAGCACCAACUUCGUUUAAGGUUGUUGGUUCAGCUACUUUCAACGGCGUUGUCCAAUUGUGUGUUCUGCAUCUUUAUCCAGCUCUUUUGCGCAUUCUAGGUUUAACCCCGCGCUCGACAACUCCAAUCCAUAAAACAAAAAAAUGGACUAAAGUUCGAGGUUGCUUACGAUAUUACUUAACCGAUCUUAUUCGAUUGGUAGAGCAGGUCUCCAGUGCGAAUAUACUUUCGGUUUUACUAAAACAUUUGCACCAAAUGGCUGUAAUGACUGCAUCAUUUACAACCUUAGGAAAAACUAUAUUGAAACGUCUAAUAGUGUUAUGGGCCACAGGCGAUGAAACAAUAAGAGUGCUAGCGUUUCUUUGCAUUCUCAAGAUUACUCGCAAUCAGCAGGUUUCGAUGUUACAUCAUGUUUUAAAAGCCAUGUAUCUCUCUUAUGUGCGGAAUUCAAAAUUUGUUUCCCCCAAUACGCUUCCUAGCAUAAAUUUCAUGCGUCGCUCUCUUGUUGAAAUGUUCGCUUUGGAUUUAAAUGCAUCCUACCAGCAUGCUUUUCUUUAUAUCCGACAAUUGGCGAUUCAUUUGCGCAACGCAGUAAUACUGAAGAAAAAGGACAGCUUUCAAGCGGUUUAUAAUUGGCAGUAUGUGAAUUCUUUGCGUUUAUGGGCUGAUCUGUUAGGAGCUACUACGAACAAGCCUCAGCUACAGCCACUUGUAUACCCGUUAGUUACAAUAACUUUGGGAGUUAUCCGCCUUAUACCAACAGCGCAAUACUUUCCCUUGCGUUUUCAUUGCAUAAAAAUACUUAUAACAUUGGCCAAAGAAACGCAUGCAUUUAUCCCCUUACUCCCAUUGAUUUUAGAAGUUUUGCGUAGUAACACUUUUAACCGUAAACAUACUGUUGUAUCCAUGCGACCAAUUCAAUUUACCUGCAUUUUACGCCUUAACAAAGGUCAGUUAUCUGAAAAUGGUUUUCGUGACGAAGUAAUCGAGCAAGUAUGUAGCCUUGUUUUAGAGUUAUUAGCUAAUGAAUCAGCGACACUAGCUUUCAGCGAUUUGGUUGUACCAACUGUAUUAGCGCUGAAGAGCUAUCUCAAAGAGUGCAGAAAUGGCAAUUAUUCUAGGAAACUAAAACAGCUUUUGGACAAGAUUCAGGAGAACUCACGAUUUAUCGACCAGGAGCGACGUAAAAUUACAUUUAAUCUUAAUGAUGUGGCACAAGUCAAUUCUUGGGAAACAAAAGUACAUAAUAAGGGAACACCGUUAUCGAUCUACUAUGAAAGCUGGGUAAAAACGCAUGAAGCAAAGAAAAGACGGCAGGCAGCUCAAAUCGAUAGUAUCAAUGCAGACUAUGAUAUACCAAGCAUUAAACGUCCCAGCAAAGAUAAUGUGGCAAUUAGGAAUGAUAAUGGUGAGUUGGAACUAUUCCCGUCAGAUUCAGAAGAUGAGGAAAUGCCAAAUACGGACAUUAAAGAACGAGAUAAUCCUCCUCUAAGAGUGAAACGAAUUAAAAAACAAAAGAAACCAAAACAAACUAGUGCUUCACAGCCUGAGGAUGAUAUACCAUUGGAAGAACCCGAUAAUCCAGAAAGCGUCGAUAUUGUAAAAGAUUUAGAUCUAGACGAUUGGUGAUAUAAUAUUGUAACUCUUAGAUUUGUUUAUUGUUGAAUUUUAUCAUCAUAUUGCAAUAAAACUGCAUAACAAUUUAUUAAAAGAUGAAUAAAUAUAACAACA